UGUAUCAGUACCCUUUCACAUGGGAAAAGAGUGUACUGUUUGUGAAAUUAGCCAUUAGUGGUUACUAAUGUUUAUCUUUCGUCCCAAUGAAUAAAAUUUAUUUCAUUGUUUCGCCCUUUCAACUGUGGGUUAUGUUGGAUCAAAACAAACGUUCGUGCAAGGUGGAUUGCCUAAGUCCGGUCACCCCAAGGACGUUAAAAAUACUGGACACGGCAUUGUACGAUUUGUUGUGAAGCUAACAUCCCACGCAUUGUUAUCCUCAGCUUGGUCAUAGAAUAGUAGCACUUUAUUCUGUGGCUUGGUCGUGUUCACGCCUUUGGCAAAGUUCGUGUAUGGUCGUUUGUUUGUUUACACGCCUACGUGAAAGUUGUUUUUUGUCUAAUUACGUGAUUUUGACUAAGUGUGGCCUGUGACAAUUAUUUAUAUCAUGGUGCGGCGUUGUGAAGUAUGCAAUGCAUAUGAUAGGCGAAAAAAAGGAAUAUCAUUUCACGCAUUCACGAAGAACAAUGAUCUCAUUAAGGAAUGGUUCAGUUUAUUGAAUUUUAAAGAAGAUAAAAAACUGACAAAAACCUCUCGAAUAUGCUCGCAACAUUUCCGACAGAGUGAUUUUGAAAUCAAACCAUCUGGUUUAAAGUACUUAAAAAGCGACGCUAAACCAAUGCCUUAUAACUCAAAUUUAUCACCUACACAAAAUUUGAGCUCUAGUAGCAGUGGUUCGUGUCAGCAACCUCCUUGUCAGCAACCAUUAAAGCUCAAACGUACUACAGGUAGCUCUACAAAAACGAAUACUCCUCCUAAACUCCGAGAUAACGUAUCUCAUAAAACUGUACAUAAGUCAUCUUCAGGGACCUUAACAGCAUCUGAAUUUGAACAGAAAUCAGCUAUCGGACAAACAACACCUCCUGGGCAAAGAGAUAUUUUCUGUGCUGGACCAUCUACCUACUGCAUAUCCAAAUGUAAACAAAGAUGGAAGCAGCAAAAAACGUUAUGUAGGAGAUAUUGCUAGCGAUGAGUUUUCCACACCAAAGAAAGCAAAGAAACAUGCGCGAAUGCUGAAGGGUGCUGUUGUAAAGUAUAGGAGAAGAGUUGUUACACUUAAUCAGAGAAUUCGAAGGUUGAGAUCUAGAGUUACGAAUUUACAGUCACUCCUAACACUAUUGAAGAAAAAAGAAUACAUUUCGGAAAAUUCGGAGCACAUUAUUCGAGUAGGUUGCUAAAUUUUUACAUAUUUUCUUUAUAUGUGUUCAUGAAAUAUACAAGAAUGUGAACCUAAUGCAGUUUAAUUUCAUUCAGGAAUAAUUUUGGAAACGGUUUGAUUAUCAUGAGAAGGUAUGUGACCAAACAUGCAUUCUGUUGUGAUAAUUUUUUUGACCCCGUUAGAAAUUUAAUCGGGAACGCCACUGUUGCCGGAGGCACUUGUCGUUCCUCCUUCACACCCGCGCCUAAACACAUGUUGGCUUCACUUUAAUUUUAAUAGUAGAUACAGAAUGCCGUGUCCAGUAUUUUUAACGUCCUUGGUCACGUCAUAGUCUCUUCAGUUAGACCCAGUGACCCGGUUUGACUCAGCGAACCAAUCUCGCCCGGGGACCCAAUUUGACCCAGUAGCCUAGUUUGAUUGAAUAACACAGUGACCUCGGUUCAAGUGUACAGAUUAUGAAAUAAAUGAAACUUAAUGCUGGGCUUACCAGUUACUUACUGGUGUUCAUUCCGGAUACCUAACAAUAAUUUAAUUACUGGGUCACCGGAUUCAACUGGAUCAACUUAGGGGUCAUCGGUUUAAACUGGACCACCGGGUCAAGAUGGGUCGAGAUGCGUCACUGGGGCAAGCUGGGCCACAGGGUCAAACUGGGUCACUCUAUGCUUGACCCAGUCCAACACUGAUCGUAUGACAUAACCUCAACUUCGUCAUGGAAUAGUCGGUGUCAUCAAAGAUAUCAUACUUGAUCUUUGGUAUCAUUUACGCGUACGCUUGCAUUUAGAAUACCUAUUCUAAUGGUAGUCAAGGGUUGGAAUUCAUAUGAAAUUAUAUUCCAGUUCUGCUCUUCACCUAACAUAACCACUUUUUCUGUUUUACUCUAUCCACUCAUACGCCUUUCGGAUUACAGUAUCGUCGGAUUUCGUAUGCAUAUGAAUCCAGCUUAAGGCAGAAGGCAAAAUACUGCAAAACUCUUGGCAAACAUUUAUUCCGCACACAGUAAAUAGAAAAAAAAUACUCUAACGUAACUCUACAUACUCCACUGAAUGAUGCUUAUUAAGUAACCUAUAACCUGCCAAAGCGCCAGGUGCAGUGUAGCAGAUAUAUGUAAUAGGCAAACACACCACCUUUUACCACCCUAUACAUUUUCUUAAUUUAGAUGCCAGUAUAAUGGCUAUAAUUUUUGGCACACCAAGUGAUAUUCCCUCUAUUUUGAUACAUAUAUCAUACCAAUUAGGAAUUAUUAAAAGCAUUCAAAAGUUAAGAAGCAACUGCUUACCAUUUUGCACUAAUGAAACUAUAACAUAAAAAAUUGAAAUUCGUACAUUUUAAAUAAUUAUAUAAUUCAUUUUUACAUAAAGAAGCAGUCUUAAAAACAAAUUCGCGUACAUGUGUAUGGGAAAAAUAAACGAAAAUCAAAUUCACAUAUACAAGUGCUGGCAAAUACAUUGGAAUCAUUCCUUGUAAGAGGGCAUGUGCUUUCUAUCCUUUUACUAAAAUUGUUAAUGACAACACUAUAUGCAUUGUAAUUUUAGAAAUAUGAGAUUCUUUUAACAUUAAGUUGUAUCUAAAAUAAAGUAUUUACAAAGUA